AUGGCUCCCGACGGCCGGCCCUCCAUCGUCGGCCCGCCGGAUGGCCCCGAACCCCCGUUCCCCUACGUGAUGCAAGGGAAAGUCAUUUCCGGCUUCGGCCGAGGCUCCAAAGAGCUGGGCAUUCCUACCGCCAAUCUGCCCGUCGACUCGGCCCUCACGCCGUGGAUCGCGUCCGUCCCCUCGGGCGUCUACUUCGGAUACGCGUCGCUGCUCCUCCCCCCCGAGCACCCGCAGAGGCAGGGCCUCUCUGGCGGACCCGCGUCGUCUGCGUCGUCGUCGUCGCCGCCGUUCGCCGUCUUCCCCAUGGUCAUGUCCAUCGGCUACAACCCCUUCUACAAGAACGCGGUGCGGAGCGCAGAGGUCCAUGUGCUGCAUUCGUUUGCGGCCGACUUUUACGGCGCCCAUAUGAGGCUGCUGAUACUGGGCUACAUUCGCCAGGAAAAGGACUACGAGAGCCUCGAGGCCCUGAUAGAGGACAUCCGUUUCGAUUGCGAGGUUGCCCGGAACAGUCUGGACAGGGGCGGCUGGACGCCCGAGGCCGUCAGGGUGGAGGGCUACGGUCACGGAGCCGACUGGUUGCUAAGGGAGGCGUAG